AUGGAAAAAUCUAAAAAAAAGAAGAGAGUUGUGUGGAGUGAGGCUGCCGAGACCGACUUAUUAGAGAUAUGGCAACAAAAAAUGCCAGAGCUGCGAUCUAUGAGAAAAAACAAUCACAUAUAUGACGAAAUGUUUUGUGCAAUGAUGCUGGCUGGACACGAUUAUACGUCCACGGAAAUAAAGAUAAAAUUGCACAAUUUCACUAACAAAUACAGACAAGAAAAGCAGAAAAUUGGCCCUUCGGGUGGCUCCCCUAGUCGGUGGAAAUAUUAUGAGGCGGUACACCAAGCAGUAGGCGGCUUUAAAAGUUUUUGUUCCGCCGAACUUGUGGAGGAUAGCAUUGUGGUUGACAUGAAGGAGAGUCGCCGCGCCCAAGCCAGGCGAUGGUCCUUCUACGUCGCGUAGUUGCGCUCGGCCAUCGUCAAGCGAUGCUGUAAGGAAGAAAAAAUCAGCAAUAACAAUAAUAAAAGCGUCUUUCUCUCCUAGAAACAUACAUUAAUGAUUCAAAGGAAGUGAAGGACGCUUUCAUUGACUUCCUUC